UGCAGACAAGAUAACUAAUGUCAAAAUAACCAAUUGAAGAAAAGCACACAUAAUUCAUCAUAAACUAAAAUUUGUAUUUAAAAAAAAAAAAGUCUUAAUGAAUGUCGAAAUAGAUACAAAAUGUUGCCGAACUUGUUUGGAGUCAACUGUGGAUAAUUAUUUAGUAGACAAUCCUGAAUUAGUGAAAAAAAUUGAAUUUGUAACUUCUUUAAGAAUAAGUGAAAAUGAUGGUUUACCAAUAUACUUUUGCAACUCUUGUCAAAAAAAAUUAGAAAUUUCAUAUCAAUUUAGAUUACAAAGUAUUCGAGCAUUUAAAUACCUUAAAAAUCACAUAAACCAAAUUCAAAAUCAAUUCGAAAAAAUUAUUAAAAAAAAUCCCAUUUCUAAAAAAGAAAGCGAUAACAAUUCUUGUCAGGAAGAGCCUGACAACGAUGAGAUCGAAUAUGAAGAGAUUAAAGAAUUGAAGAUUGAGAAUCAAGAAGAUCCUUUAGAUUCAGUAGAAAAACCGAAAUCAUCUAAAGCUAAAAAGAAAAAAAUAAACACUACUUCAUUUAAAAAAAAACAAAGCAAUAAAAAUUCUUCAAAGACUAAUGAAGAUUUCAAAGAAAUAAAUGUACAUAAAAUUAAUAACGAUGAUAUUUUUAAUGAAAACAAUGGUAUUGAGUAUUCAAAAUGCGAUAUUUGUCAAAAAAUGUUCAGAAAAGGGAAUCUGAAACGGCAUAAGGAAACCCAUUCUGGAGAUCGUAAAUUCACUUGCCAAUUGUGCAAUAAGUCUUUCACACAAAAAUCGUCACUUCAACGUCACCAUUUAACCCAUACUGGUGAAAGACCAUUCAAAUGUGAUGUAUGUGAUAAAAGAUUUUCCCAGUCCAAUAUAUUGAAAUUUCACAUGACACUUCAUGGAAAAGAAAAAACGUAUAACUGUUCAAUAUGUCCUUACAGAUUUAUAAGACCAGAAAAUUUAGCGAAUCAUAUGAGAGAAAAACAUUCAUCAGGGAAUGGAGAUGAAGUGAUUUUGUUUGUGUGCCAAUUUUGCAACAAGGGAUUCAAAUCUAAACAUUCAUUAAAAGUACAUAAAGAAAAAUUACAUAAAGACGAUAUCGUUUUCGAUAUGGAUUGGAGUGAUAUUAAUGAUGAUGAUUCUGAUGAUGCAAAAUGUUAAUUUUAAACGAAUUCGUUCAAAUGAAAUCAAUAAAAGUCUAGAAAGUAAAAGUAAAUUAUAAGACACUAAUCACAUUGUGUUUUAGUUGAAUAAGACAGCUUUGCAAAUU